UCCUUAACUUCCCUCUUCGUCUCCCACCAUCUGACCCCCAAAACCCUAGAACCUCAAAACCCUAGAGCCCCAUAACCCUAAAAAUGGGGAAAGCAAAGGGAAAACAGCGCCAGGACAAGUUCUACCACUUAGCAAAGGAACAAGGCUACAGAUCUCGUGCCUCCUUCAAGCUCCUCGAGAUCGAUGCCAAGUACCGCAUCCUCCCCUCGUCCCGCUCGAUCCUCGACCUCUGCGCCGCCCCCGGAGGCUGGACCCAGGUCGCCGUACGCCACGCCCCCGUCGGCUCCUUCGUACUCGGCAUCGAUCUCGUGGCCGUCAACACGGUGAUUCACGACGGAUCGCCUAAUGUUGGUGCUAAUUGGACGAGGGAUGCUACGAGCCAGUCGGCGCUUGUGGUGGAUUCCGUUAGGUUGGCUACUUAUUUCUUGGCGCCCAAGGGGACUUUUGUUACUAAGGUUUUCAGGUCACAGGACUACACUGCUAUCAUCUACUGCCUUAAACAGCUUUUUGAUAAAGUUGAGGUGUUUAAACCAGCUGCGAGUCGUAGUACAUCUGCUGAAAUAUAUGCUAUUGGAUUGAGAUACAAGGCUCCUGCAAAGAUUGACCCACGCCUUCUUGACAUUAAGCACCUAUUUCAAGGGGCUAUAGAGCCGCCAAAGGUGGUUGAUGUUCUUAGAGGGACAAAGCAGAAGAGAAAUCGUGAAGGAUAUGAGGACGGAGUGACUACCUUGUGGAAGGUCGGUUUAGUUUCAGAUUUUAUUUGGUCCGAGAACCCUCUCAGUAUUCUUGGUUCUGUUGGUCAAUUAUCUUUUGAAGAUCCAGCUUGUUCAUCUAUUAAAGAUCAUGAAUUAACAACAGAGGAGAUUAAAUCUUUAUGCGAGGAUUUAUAUGUCCUGGAUAAACAUGGCUUUAAGCAUCUAUUGAAAUGGCGCAUGCGAAUAAGAAAGGAGCUUUCUUCAACUAAUAAGGUCACUCCAAAAGAUACUCCCACUAAAGAUGCCAAGGGGGAUGAGGAUGAGAAUCUACUGAAUGAAAUGGAAGAAUUGACGAAUGCUCUGGAACGCAAGAAAAAGAGAGAGAAGAAGAUUCUUGCAAAACGCCGAGCGAAGGAGAAAGUGCGCAAAGCAACUGGAAUGCAAAUCGAUGCUACCCAAGACAGUUAUUAUGACCGUGAAUUAUUUUCUCUUGCCUCUAUUAAGGGAAAGAAAGAACUUCAGGCUGUUGAUUCAACAGAGAUUGAUGAAGAAAAUGACUUUAAUGUCAGUGACAGUGAAGAUGAGGCCUCUCCUGCAGAAGAUCAUGAGGAAUCCGGUGAAAUGGACUCUGACGAAGAGCAGAAGCGAUAUGAUGAACACCUUGAGGAAAUGCUUGAUGAAGCCUAUGAACGGUAUAUAUCUAAAAAGGGAGGAAGUAGCAAACAGCGAAAACGAGUAAAACUUGCCCGAACUAAUGGUCAAGAUGAGUUGUUUGAGGAAGAUGAUGGUGAAGACCUAACACCUGGUCAGGAUCUUGACCAAGAGGAAAUGAAGGAAGAAAAAAAUCCUCUCAUGGUACCUUUGCAAGAGGAAGAACAGCCAACUCAGGAGCAGAUCAUGGAACAGUGGUUCAGUCAAGAUGUCUUUGCCGAAGCAGCAGAAGAUGGUCUAUUCCAAAAGAGCGACAGUGAAGACGAAAAAGAGGAGGAAGAAAAACCACUACCCAAGGUUGCCAAAAAGUCGAAAACCAGAGAUUCAGUUCCUUCUAAAACCAAAGUCUCUGAUGAGCUAGAGGACUUUGAGGUUGUACCAGCAGAGCCCUUAAAAACAAAUGAAGACUCAUCCUCUUCAUCCUCCGAUGAUUCAGACUCAGAGGAAGAAGAUGAAGACACAAAGGCCGAAAUACUAGCAUAUGCCAAGAAAAUGCUGAGAAAGAAAAAGAGAGAGGAGAUUCUCGAUGACGCCUACAACAAAUACAUGUUCGAUGAUGAGGGUUUGCCGACAUGGUUUGUGGAGGAAGAGAAGAAGCACAGCCAACCUAUGAAGCCCAUAACCAAGGAAGAAAUCAAUGCAAUGAAGGCACAGUUCAGAGAGAUUGACGCCCGUCCCGCCAAGAAAGUAGCAGAGGCAAAGGCCCGAAAGAAGCGGGCAGCAAUGAAAAGGCUUGAGAAGGUUAAGCAAAAGUCAAACUCAAUCUCGGACCAGACUGAUAUAUCUGAGAGGUCGAAGAGGAAGAUGAUAGAGCAGCUCUACAAGAAGGCGACGCCGAAGAAGCCAGAGAGGGAGUACGUGGUUGCGAAGAAGGGAGUCCAGGUGAGGCCUGGGAAAGGGAAGAAGUUGGUGGAUCCGAGGAUGAAGAAGGAUGCAAGGACGAAGGGAAGUGGGAACAAGGGAGGUGGGAAGAAAAGCAGGGUUGGGAAAGGGAAAGGGAAAGGGAAGGGUGGUGGUUUUAAGGGGAAAGGGGGAAAAGUUGGGGGGGGAGGUAAAGGGAGGAAAAAGGGAGGCAAGGGGAGUAUGCACGCGUGAGCGAGAUAAGAAUGAUAUAUAUAUUGGGCAUCGUCCAUCAUAGCGAGCAGUUUUCAUGGAUUCUGUCAUUUUUGCUGGGCAUUCUUUGAUAUAUUCAGAUAUGCUGUUUGUUAAGCUACUUAUAUAUUUGAUUUACCAUUAAACUCUUAUUGGGUUUGUAACCUAAUUUUGAUUUUCACAUUGUCGACGUUGGCCUCUAGUUGUGAAUGCGAUGGAAGUGGUCUUGUUAUCUCGUAUUUAAGCAUGAGUUCAUUUGCAUC